AUGAAGCUCAUCACCACCAUUGCAGCCCUCCUCCUCGCCGUCACGGCGGAAGCUGGUGGAAAGAAGGGUUGGGGCGGCGACUACCCUCCGAUCCCCAGCGACAUGACCGUGAAAGAGGCAGCAAAGAAGUGCGGUGACCAGGCCCAGCUCUCCUGCUGCAACAAGGCCAUCCGCGCCGGCGACAAGACCGACAUCGGGGGCGCUCUGAAGAACAUUAUCGGCGGUGGCUCUGGCAACCAAGGCGUGGAGAUUUUCGAUCAGUGCUCCCAUCUGGGUGUUCAAAUUCCUAUCAUUGCGAUUGCUGUCCAGAAUAUCCUGAACGAAGAAUGCCAUCAGAAUGUGGCCUGCUGCCAGACGAACCCCGGCAGUGCAAGCAACGACUUGAUUGGUGUCGAGCUGGCCUGUAUCGCACUUGGAAAUCUGCUGUAG